AUGUCGUCACCGGUGCCCCUCAGACAGCGUGCAAAGAUGCAAGACCUGCCCACCCUCGUUAGAGAACAGCAGACAGCGAGCCGGCUUUGCCCCACAAUGGAUGCGUUCCGUAGUGGUGGCGAACAUGGCGUCGUGAUGGCACCGGCGUUCAUGCCUGCUGAGAGAAAGCGCCGACCGCGACGAUCGGGCAGUGAGGCCACCGAGCGCCGAGCACCGAGAACCGAGCAAGGGCCGACCAAGCCCAGCCAGAGACGUGGCGGCGCGUUAUCUCGCGUUGCCGGCCACACUGCCGGGCCUGGACAAACACAGCGCAUGUUUGCCGGUGUGCAAACAGAAAGGGCUGCUUCAUGCGUGACCCCAAGCUGCGGGGGAAAGUAG